AUGAAACGUGUUAUGAGAUUUGGGAAGAAAGGGAAACUCAGCCCAAAGUAUUUUGGUCCAUAUGAGAUACUACAAAGAAUAGGCAAAGUAGCCUAUAGAUUAGCCUUACCUAUGGAGUUGAGUAAGGUGCACGAUGUUUUUCAUGUGUCCCAACUGAGAAGGUAUAUACCUGAUAAAUCACACGUGUUACAACCCGAAACAAUUGAGUUAGAUCAAAUCUUAACUUAUGAGGAAAGACCUGUUAAGUUCCUUGACAGCAAAGUGCAUAGUACAUGCAACAAGGAAGUUAAGAUUGUUAAGGUGCUAUGGUCUAACCAAGAAUAUGAGGAAUCAACUUGGGAAGCCGAGGAUGAGAUGAGAAAGAAGUACCCUGAGUUGUUUAAGGACGUCCGUUACUCACAAGUGACAUUUAUGCCUACUCGGUUAGCUCCCAGAGUAGUUUUCCUCAAUUUAUUUGGGGCAGGUUUAAGAACUCAAGAAGGUAUGUUGUGUGAUGUUAGGUUGUAA